UACGCAGUUCUUGAAAAUGUUUGAAGGACUCUGGGAGGCUCAGGUACGUUACUCCCGUGCUUGUGGGGUGGCAUGAGGCGAGAUCGGGAUGGCUUCCUUCCUACCUGUAAAGAUGUGCUCCUUAAAUGUUUUCAGUUCUGUUGCUAAGUGUAAAGAUGUCACCAACUAUAAAGUACGAUCCAAAUGCCAUUUUAUGCUCUCUGAAGAGGAACAAUCUCGUCGCCAACUUCUCCUACGGUGUGGUGUGAUUCCUUUUGUUUCAUUUUUAACAGUUAAUUGCAGACUUGCAUUGUUACCUGCUUGGGCCGGAGAUCAAGCAAAUGCCCAGGAAGAGAAAGACGAGGGUGUUGCUGGGGCCUUAAAGUCUUUGUUUGAUCCAAAUGAGAAAACCAAAUCGGGGAAAGUGUUACCAAAGGCGUACUUGAAGUCAGCGAGAGAAGUGGUUAAAACACUGCGUGAAUCACUGAAGGAGGAUCCCAACGACAUAGCCAAGUUUAGGAGAACCGCGGAUGCAGCAAAGGAGUCCAUUCGAGAAUAUCUGGGUGGGUGGCGAGGAGACAAAACAGUCGUCAAGGAGGAAUCAUAUGUGAUGCUAGAGAAAGCAAUCAGAUCCUUGGCCAGCUUUUACUCGAAGGCCGGCCCAUCUGCACCACUGCCAGAGGAUAUCAAAACCGAGAUUCUAGAUGAUCUGAACAAAGCAGAAGAGGUUCUGUAAAACGAGGUUUUGCACAAGAAACUGUAUAUGAAAUGCAAGCAACUCACUGAAUGGCAUUCUUUUUUACUCCAUUUUGUGGUAAGAUUCUUUGUAAUGAAGAUUCUUUUUGACUCCAACAAUGAAAAUGAAGUUUAUCUAACAUUUGUUAAAGAGCA